AUGGAAAGAAGUCCUUCGAACCAACCCAUUGCUCCGCCGCUUCUCCACCCCGUCUCCGACAUUGCCGACGGCCGCCUUGUGGCCGCGACGGUCCCCUCAAGUCACGCCGCCGCCUCCAGCCCCUCCGACAACACCGACACACCCACCACCACUCUCUCCUCCACUCCACCGUCUCUCCCUCUCUCCUUCCUUCUUCGCAAACCCCCCCUCCCUCCCUCCCCUUCCCUCCUGUCGUCCGCCCGCCUAGGGUUUUUCCCGGCUCCCGAAUCUCGCUCCCCUCCCUCCUCGGCUGCUGCCCCGCGGCAAUGCCGCCCUCCUCCUCCUCCUCCUACUCCGCCGGCGGCGGCGGCGGCUCCUCCCCCCGGCGCGGCCUCGAUCGGAUCUCGGCGCUCCCGGUGCUGUGCUGCUCGGCGGUGCCCCUUCUCUGAUUCGGAGCUCACGGACGAGUGGUAUGGUGCCGUCACUUCUUCGAUGCGGAAGAAGUUUUAUGCUGAUUCUUGACCGAACAAUGGGAGCUCAUUACCACCGUGUUGCUUGCAAAAUCGAACUAUUGAAAAAAGAAAAAAGAGAGGCAGAUUUGUUAAAUUUCAAGCGGUACAAAGUCCAA